AGGGUUACAGUCCAUUUAUGGGCGCAGCAGAGGGCAGAUAUCAGUGUCGAUGGCAUUCGUUCCCAGCUAUUCUUAGGAGCCUCUCAGGAGCUCCACACAGCCUGGCCAGGCAGCAAGGGACGGAGCAGAGGCUGCCGCUCUCAGCACCAGCAUGUCUUACAGCGUGACCCUGACCGGGCCUGGGCCCUGGGGCUUCCGUCUCCAGGGGGGCAAGGACUUCAACAUGCCGCUCACUAUCUCCCGGAUCACACCGGGCAGCAAGGCCGCCCAGUCCCAGCUCAGCCAGGGUGACCUCGUGGUGGCCAUUGACGGCAUCAACACAGACACCAUGACCCACCUGGAAGCCCAGAACAAGAUCAAGUCUGCCAGCUACAACCUGAGUCUCACGCUGCAGAAGUCGAAGCGCCCCGUCCCCAUCUCCACAACAGCACCCCCGGUCCAGUCCCCUCUGCCGGUGAUCCCCCACCAGAAGGACCCUGCUCGGGACACGAACGGCAGCCUGGCGGCGCUCAGCCCCAACCCUGAGGCGAGGGCCAGCCCGGGCACCCCGGGCACCCCGGAGCUCAGGCAGACCUUUAGCUCCUCCUUCUCCCAGACCUCCGUCUUCUCCUCACACACAGAGGCCUCUGACCCCGGCCCUCCAUGGGGCAGCCCACAGGCCAAGGCCAGCCCGGAGGGAGCCCUGGACUCACUCAGCCUGAAAGUCCCACAGGGCUCGAGCCAGCCAAGGCAGUAUAACAACCCCAUUGGCCUGUACUCGGCAGAGACCCUGAGGGAGAUGGCUCAGAUGUAUCAGAUGAGCCUCCGAGGGAAGGCCUCAGGUGCUGGACUCCCAGGAGGGAGCCUUCCUAUUAAAGACCUUACGGUGGACAGCGCCUCUCCCGUGUACCAGGCGGUGAUUAAGAACCAGAACAAGCCAGAAGAUGAGGCUGAUGAGUGGGCCCGCCGCUCCUCCAACCUGCAGUCUCGCUCCUUCCGCAUCCUGGCCCAGAUGACAGGGACGGAAUACAUGCAAGAUCCUGACGAAGAAGCUUUGCGAAGGUCAAGCACCCCUAUUGAGCAUGCUCCAGUGUGCACCAGCCAGGCCACCACCCCGCUGCUGCCCGCUUCUGCCCAGCUGCCUGCUGCUGCCCCUCCCAGUGCGGCCUCACCACCCUUGACCGCAGCCACUGCCCAUGCUGCCACCGCCUCUGCUGUAGCCCCUGCCUCAAGCCCUGCGGACAGUCCAAGGCCCCAGGCCUCUGCCUACAGUCCCGCCAAGGCGACCUCUCCGGCACCUGCCACUCAUACAUACAGUGAGGCCCCAGCUGCCCCUGCGCCCAAGCCCCGAGUUGUCACCACCGCCAGCAUCCGGCCUUCUGUCUACCAGCCAGCGCCCGCAUCUACCUACAGCCCAUCCCCAGGGGCCAAUUACAGUCCAGCUCCCUACACCCCCUCACCUACCCCUGCCUACACCCCCUCGCCCGCCCCCACCUACUCCCCUUCCCCGGCACCAACCUAUACCCCCUCGCCAGCCCCAAGCUAUAACCCUGCAUCCUCAGUGACCUACAGCGGGGGCCCUGCGGAGUCUGGCAGCCGCCCACCGUGGGUGACAGAUGACAGCUUCUCUCAGAAGUUUGCCCCUGGCAGGAGCACCACCUCCAUCAGCAAGCAGACCCUGCCCCGAGGGGCCCCUGCCUACACCCCAGCAGGGCCCCAGGUGUCCCCCCUGGCCAGGGGCAUCGUUCAGCGGGCUGAACGCUUCCCAGCCAGCAGCCGGACUCCGCUCUGUGGCCACUGCAACAACGUCAUCAGGGGCCCCUUUCUGGUAGCCAUGGGCCGUUCCUGGCACCCGGAGGAGUUUAACUGUGCCUACUGCAAGACCUCCCUGGCGGACGUGUGCUUCGUGGAGGAGCAGAGCAACGUUUACUGCGAGCGCUGUUAUGAGCAGUUCUUUGCCCCAGUCUGUGCCAAAUGCAACACGAAAAUCAUGGGGGAAGUGAUGCAUGCCCUGAGACAGACAUGGCACACCACCUGCUUUGUCUGCGCAGCCUGCAAAAAGCCCUUUGGGAAUAGCCUCUUCCACAUGGAAGAUGGGGAGCCCUACUGCGAGAAAGACUACGUCAAUCUGUUCAGCACCAAGUGUCAUGGCUGUGAUUUCCCUGUGGAGGCUGGAGACAAGUUUAUUGAAGCCCUGGGCCACACCUGGCAUGACACCUGCUUCAUCUGUGCGGUCUGCCACGUGAAUCUGGAGGGGCAGCCAUUCUACUCCAAGAAGGACAAACCCCUGUGCAAGAAGCACGCACACGCCAUCAAUGUGUAGAGAGCCCGGAGCGUCUGACGCGGACAGGCCGGGAGCUGCUCCUGCUGCUGGCGACAAAGGAUUCAAGGAGGCUGAUGUUUCUUUUUGGGGGGAAAGGGGGAAGACAGGAAGCUACUGAGCCCUUUUGAAGUGUAAUUUUAGUCCUUCCUUCUGCACACAGAUCGUGUAUUUGCAUAGUUCAGACUAGAAGCCAAACGAAGAUGCCUAAACCAAGCUAGUAAUUAAUCCAAGGCUGGAGUUGUAAUUCAGACGUUCGGGACAGAAUUCUAAGAACUCUAAAGUGAAAAACAAAAAGUCAUCUUCUUGAAGCGAUACACUUUCCCGAGGUCACUAGAGCAGGGACAGAGCUCAGAGCAGUUAUGGAGAAUCUGAAACGUUCUGUGGAGUUCUCUGGCAAACAGAAUGAAGUGCCAAGCGGUGCUUGCUGCGGGGUAUUUUUAGAGCCAUAGCUGAGGGCUUGUUAGCUAAGACCGAUUGGGCUUUCCUCACCAAAAAAGGAAGUGUUAUUCUAUUACUGGCGUCAUGGAGCUACCUCUGAGCAUCAGACUUCUUCAGACCUUGAGCAGAGUCGAGCGUGCUGAGGGAGUCCAGGCGUCUAAGAGGUGUUUUCUGGGAGCCGCUGGGCAGCUGACAGGGCUUCAGGAAGGGCUCUGGCUCAUGCUGCAGACAGCUGAGAAAAGAAGGCCCUUCAGCCACCUUCUUUCCGUCUAAAACAUCCUAUGUCCCCAGAAGGUUUAGCUCUUUUUUGAAUUUUGAUGGGAAAGUGUAAUUGGGUUUUUCCAGUUUUGCUCUGCUGUGUGUGAGAGGAGGUUUUUAAAGCGACUCCGGGUUGUGUCGAGCCUUUGUUUUGCUUCAUGAAGUUCGUGAGCAUGAAUGUUCGGUCUUGUGCAUGUAUUUCACUCCCAAUCCCGUGACUGCUCACUUACGAAGUCUUCCUCAGCACCCCUUCCCCCAACAGGCUUAACGACCUGUGGACAAGAAGGGAGAGACAGUGUCUGAAACAGGAUGGCAGGAUGGGCUGAGAACACGCCCAAACUCUGGAUGGGGAGGAGGAACCUUGCGUUCUGCCAGCCUCCGUAAAAACGCGAGUGUUGGUAGGACCUCCCGCCUCCGAGCUGCGCCGUCCUUCACAAAUGUUCCUUUAAGUGCAGCACACUGGUUAUGUACAGUUGUGUUGACUGCUGGAAGGGAAAGAUGGACCGAUACGUACUCAUUUGCCAUUUUGGCCGACGUUUUGAAAAUGUAGGAGCUGAGUUGAUCUAGCAAUUAUUGAAAUGUUUAUUGAAAUAGUCUUGAGUCUUCAAAAUUCUUUCAAAUGUUGGUGAUAGUUUGAGUUAAGUAAGCAUUUUAAAGCUGUUGGGUGAUAAAGAGAGAAGCUUGUUAGUUUCCGAGGUUAGAAACGGUACCUUCUCUUUCCCUUUAGGAUGCACUAUUACGCUCAUUGAACAAGGCAUUGCAGUAGGCAGUUUGACCGGGUGUUUCUCACUUGCACACAAUCCUUAGGCACUCUUCCAACUCACUGCUACUAUCUCCUCUCUCCUGUUUUGGAUUUUCUCUUUGCAUGUUUUAUGAGAAUGCAUUAGAACACUUUUUCUUCGGAGAACUGAGGCUUCCAGGGGACUGCCUUUCUACCAGUGUGUGUCCCUUCUCCCUGAGGGAGAGAGAAACGGCAGGAUGCAUCCCUAGCAGGAGGCCCGUGUUUUUUCCCAAGGGUGAAGCCAUGUCCCCGAGGGAGCACCAGGAGGGAUGUGAACAUGCUCCUACCACAGGGCCCUCCUUUUCUUCUGUGGUGCCUUAAGAAAGUGAAUCUAAAAAGUACCAGACAGUCAAAUCUGUUGGGAGUGACUGGAGAUUUUUCAGGAGUUGCCAACAAGUACCUUGGAGCUUUCUGUUAUUUUGGGAAAGUUCAAAUAUACAGGGAUAAGGAGGUUGCUGACUGUACGGAAAAGCUCUAGGCAGGUUUUCUUUAAAAAACAAAAACAAAAACAAAAACAACACAUAUUUAGGGACUGGUCUCGAGGAAAGGAAAAAAAAUGUUCCCUAGAGUUUAGAGUUUUUUAAAAGGGUUUACACGUGCGCGCGCAAACACAGACACAGACACAGACACAGACACACACACACACACACACACACACGCACACACGUGAUCACUACAAAGUACAUGAUCAUUAAACAGAAAAGUGACACAUCUCAGAGGACAACUUCAUCAUUCAGAGGAGGUCAUUGAUCGAAUCGGUUUUUCUACAUCUCAGAGCUAGUGUAGAUUCUGAGGGACUCUUAUUUACCAAACACACAAAACAAAUAUAAAACCAUUUUAAAGGUAGCAGAAAAAGAAGGUAGUUUUGAAUAUGGUUCCCUCGGUGUUUGUGAGUUUGGCGUAACUUUGGGGCUAAGGUGGUAUCUAUUUGAAGUUAAUAUCAUAGAUGUACUACAACAUCAAUUUUUAAUACUUCCUGGUGGGGAGUACACUUUGGAUCUACGGUUUUUGUCUCUUCAUUGUUGACAUUUAUUUAAGCCUUAUAAACAUUAACUUUUUGCAAAGGAGUGACUUGUGUCUGCAGUGUUUGUGUUAGGAAUCUAGCUUGUAUAAUGUUAACUUUUCAACCCAGGUACUCUUGCUUUGGGAUUUUUUUUAAUUUUAAGAUUUCAAAAUCUUCAAUGGUGGAAUGUAGUGUGUUCGAGGUGUGUGCACAAAAAUAUUUUGCAUGUUUGGGGUUGUUUUUUUUUUUUGGCCGGUGUGAAUUCUACUUUUUAGCACAAUAAAAUCCCAAAAAAGAAUGUAUAAGUACA